GUUCAUUCUACUCGGCGGACUCGCGGAGUUAUAAGAGGUAGAAUAAUUUAGAAGAGCUACAACGUGGAAAACAGGAGCAAGCACAUAAUUCCGCCCGAAACGUAUACGUAUACACGAAAUAAUGGAUAACAAGGAUCAACCGCAAAGCUCGGAUGAAGACAUGCGCGAAUUACUUCGCCAGAUGCAAAGAACAACUACUUUACUGGCAGAAAGACUGGCCUAUUCCCAAGGAACCCUUGCCAGAGACAUUCUGCCGGGGACAUCCUCUCAGGGACAUCAUGCCAGGGACAUCCUGCCAGGGACAUCUUCCUCAUCCCUUAUCCCCCCCUUUCACUCUUCUCUCCCAACUUUAACAUCCACUCCAUCGUGCUUCCGGACAAACUCAACCCGUUGGCAGCCUUAUCCCUCUACCUCAGGUUUUUUGAGCAGCCAGGAAUCAUCAAGGGAAGAUGGCAUCCAAGUGAAUCUUUCUAGGCUUUUUAGGCCAUAUAAUUCAAAUCCAGGGCAGGGGGGCUCCAAGGGGAAAUAUCUUAAAAAGAAAAGAGAAGUACCCUGGAGCCAUUAUUUUUUUUGUCUCUCAGAACCAGAAAGCAAUUUUGUGCCUAGUCUUGAGGACACACAGGUUCUCGAGGAAUGUGGCCUGGGGCGCAAAUUGCUAACUUUUUCAAGUAACACUGGCAGCCAUUCAGAGUUAACUGAAUGCCUUUACCAGGCAUACCCACUACUUGGAGAUGCAGGGGGGUACGUCUUAGCCAGGAGUGACCGCAGAAGGGAGUUAACCAACAUCCCAAUGCCACCUUCAGGCUACUCUGUUCCCUAUGUAAGACAUUACUGCAAAGGAAAACGGACUCCUAUUUACAUUAUUCCCCUACAGAAACAAAUUGAGCUGCAACCUAAAGAAUAUGUUCCAGCUGUCAUGCAGGAGUGUUUCACAUGCAAAAGCCACAUCAUGCUUUCUCAUCUGGCUGAACACCUUGAAAAAUGCAAAUGCAAAGAUGCUAACACAAAUUCUGAAGAAUCGAAGGAUUCAGUCAGCCAAUCAGAGAAUAGUUCCAGUGAUGAUGAAGCAGUGCUAUUGGCAAUUGAACUAUCUUUACAGGAUUGUGUGACCACAGAACAAUCAACAGCAGAUGGGUUAAACGAGGCUGGAACUGAUCCAUCUUGUGUUGCACCUCAAAAUGAAGUCCUACUACCAGUUGUUAUCUCAAGUGAUGAAGAGGACACGCAUGAUAACAGGAUUUCUGGUGAACACCAACUUAAUGAAAUGUGCCCAUCCCAGCCAACAACAGCAAACAUGCCAGAUUUGGAAACUGCAUUGCGAAGACUGGAGGACCAGCUGGACCCUGGACUUCCACCAGUGUCCAACUACAUCAAUGUUAUGCGUGAUACGGUGCUGCCAAGCGCAAUGAGGGCAUUUGCUCGCCAACGUUUUGCGCCACAAAGAAGGCUUAAUGUCAUUUUCGUGGAUGCGGAAAACACCGGGGAGGGAGCAGUAGAUGUCCCACAAGAGAAUUUUUUAGAUUACUCAUGGUGGAGCUGAAGAACAGCCAUUACUUCUGUGGCGCCGAAGACAUAAAAAAUUUGGCUUUGGUGUCUCGAGCUGUGCAGGCAGGAGAGUACAGAAUACUUGGGAAGAUGCUGGCUGUAUCAGUAGUCCAUGCUGGAGUUCCUCCAUCAUUUUUUUCUGAAAGACUCUACAGUCUUAUCUCCCACUGUCCCAGUCCUCCUGUCGACCUGGAAGAAAUAGACGACUGGGAAGUGAGGCAGAUGCUUCAGAAGAUCAAGAAUGCAGAAACGUUGGCGGAAGCGCAGGAGGGGUUGAUUGAUGCUUCGGCUACUAUGACACUUCUUGGAUGCUCCACCCUCCUGAGGAGUCUGCAUGAAAAAGAUGCCCUUGUGGAAGAAGCUGCAAAAGCAUAUGUUGAAGGCCGGCUAAAAGAAGCAUUGGAACAGUGAGUAUUUCAGAGUUCUAAAAAGUAUUUUUUAACUUCCCGUUACAGGGAUAUGUUUACCAUUACUACACCUGGAAAGCAUAACUCACGUGAAUUGAACUCUGAAACAUGCAAGAUGGAUAAGAGGAUACAAUUUAGCUCUCGAGAUAGGGUUUGAAUUUAUGAAUUAAUGAAUACUUUGAUCACGAAUACAUUUUUAAAACACGUGGAUACACUUAUAUAAAUUACACAGAUAGAUAGAUACUAUACUGUUGGAAGUUCAAGCAAAUAAAUGUGAAAUACCAAUGCAUGUUAUAGUAUAGUAUGCAUAAGCAUGUAAACUUAAUGCAAGCCUAGACCUAUAGACACUUGCGUAUACAUAUAAACUGCAUAUACACAUUACCAUAGGUUAAAAAUAUUACUUUUUACGUGUUUUAGUGCUGUAAUCGGUUCCCCAGUGUAUCUGACAACUCAGAAAAUGUGAAAAAUAAGAUCAAAUUAAGUUGUUACGGUGGGCCUUUCCCUGCAAGCAUGUAAGAAAUUGAGAUGUUCAGAUUUCCCUUCCUUUGUGAAAAAGGCCCUUAUUUUAAUGUUACCGCCCCUUAAUCUACAACUUUCCACCCAUGUCGAAGCCCCCAAGGUUGUUUUCACAAGUGAGAGUGGUGUACUACGGUGUAUGUGAUCUCAUGGCUAAAGUAUAUAGAAAACAAAUGUUUUUAUUUUUGUUUCCUUUUUUUAGCUUAUCACUUGCCUCACUUUCAUUUUUGUUUAAUUAGAUUUCUUUCCUUGUUUUCGGUUGACUGAUGGGUUGAAGACCCUGGGUCUCUCUGACGAAAUUAAGGCAAAUCCACAAUUGAUGAAACCACUGUUUACAAGUGGUUUUAAGCCACUUGAGGUGGAUGACCUUUUGGAACUUUUUAUGGUAGAUUUUAGCCAGUCCGGCAGCAAUAGGCGGAGUAUAGAAAAUCGAACAGUGAUGUUUUGGAGGGAUUGGCUCGUAGAGGUUGGAGGUAUGUAUUUUAAUGAUUAUUCUAUUGAUAGUGUCAUUGUUGUUGUGUUGCACAUUUAGGGCUGCACAAACAUGCCUUUUCACGGCUCAUCGGACGUGAGCACGCUGAUGACUUAUGAAAACUGUGUGAACCGUGUGUGCAGUAAAAUUGGUUGUACAAAUGACAAAACUGAAAAAUACCAAUUUAUUACUCCCAUUUUGAGUUGUUAUGAUCUUUUGAUGGUUUUUAUGUGUUAUUUUUUUUAUUGUUCUUGGUUUGGGAUAUUAUCAAAUUCUUGAUACUGUCCUAUCAAUUUUUUUCUAAGAGGGGAGCAGGCCGGUGACUCUCCAAGAAAUCCUGGUUUUCACCUCUGGUGCGGACAGGAUACCACCUCUGGGUUUCCCCCAGAAACCAACAAUUCAGUUCCUACACCCUGAGGACCACGGAUUGCGUAUCUUCCCAGAGGCCAACACAUGUGAUGUGACCUUGCGUUUGCCUCUGCACCAGUUCUAUCCAAACUUCAGAGAGAAAAUGGAGUCAGGGAUACUUCAGUCUCCAACUUUUGGUUUUGCCUGAUUAUGUUGUUUUUUUCAUUAAGUUUUACCUUACAUUGUUCUUUUUUUAUGUUGUUUUAAAAAGAUAAAGAAGUUAAAGAAAAAUCGUUUUUUGUUUUCGUUAACUUUUCAUUAUACAUGCAGUUUUG